AUGAACCCCGCAAGACUAUCAUUGACAACGCUGCGCGUCGCAGUCAGGAGCUCGAAUCGUCAUGUCCAACGUCGAGGACUCGCUACUCUCUCAAGCGAGCCGGUCAAUGUUGUCGCUGAACCAAAGUCGUCUUCCUUCUCACCCCUCCAAGAUGCGCUUGCUGCGAAGGAAUCCAGGAACAAUUGGACAAAGGCCGAGAUUGAGAGCAUAUACAACACAGGCACACUAGAAUUAGCCUUUGCUGCUGCAACAAUCCACCGCCGAUUCCACAACCCGUCCUCAAUCCAGAUGUGCACGCUCAUGAAUAUCAAAACUGGUGGCUGCAGUGAAGAUUGCUCAUACUGUUCCCAAUCUUCCCGCUACGACACGGGUCUCAAGGCCACUAAACUCUCCAACGUCGAGGCGGUCCUCGAGGCCGCCAAGAUUGCUAAAGCAAAUGGUAGCACCCGAUUUUGCAUGGGCGCAGCAUGGAGAGACAUGCGAGGUCGUAAGACGAACUUGAAGAGAAUUAAGGAGAUGGUUUCUGGUGUUAGGGCGAUGGACAUGGAGGUGUGUGUUACGUUAGGAAUGAUUGAUGAUGAACAGGCGAAGGAGUUGAAGGAGGCUGGGUUAACAGCUUACAACCAUAACAUCGAUACCUCGAGGGAGCACUAUCCUAAGGUAAUCACUACACGCUCAUACGACGAGCGUUUGAACACCAUCUCGAACGUCCGUGAUGCUGGAAUUAGUGUGUGCACGGGGGGUAUUUUAGGACUGGGCGAAACACAGGAGGACCAUGUUUCUUUCCUGUACACUCUGGCAACCAUGCCUUCACACCCAGAAUCACUGCCGAUCAACUCGCUGGUUCCGAUCAAGGGAACACCUCUUGGUGAUACCAAGCCGCUGCCCUUCACGUCGAUUCUCAAGACGAUAUCAACUGCUCGUUGUGUCAUGCCAACCAGUAUCAUCCGAUUAGCUGCUGGUAGAAUAACGUUGUCCGAAGAACAACAAGCGCUGUGCUUUAUGGCCGGAGCCAAUGCGAUAUUCACUGGCGAGAAGAUGUUGACCACCGACUGUAGCGGCUGGGAUGAAGAUAAGGCUAUGUUUGAUAGGUGGGGCCUUCGUCCGAUGAGGAGCUUCGUGAAGGACGAAAUCACGGCACCGUAA